UAAAUAAUAUCGACUAAUACUUAUGCAAUGAGUUAAAACAUUAUCUGUUGAAUUUGAACCGUGACCUCUUUGACGGUUUGUCCACGAAACAUUUAAAGCAAAUGCAUAAUGUAAAAUGUUAAUUCACCGACAUAUAGAUCAAAGUUGAUAAUGAACGUAGGAUAUCAUUCAGUAUUUGUCGUGGCGGGCCGCGCACGCGGUGUAGUGUUGGGUCCUUUAUUUAUUAAAGCAAAAUAGGUAAACAUACAUGUAACUUUAUUCAAAGAUUAGAUCAUUAAGUUCGUAUGUUGGCAGUAUGACGUUCUUCUUGAGAAAGAGUGCAAUGAACGCGAGAAAUGUGAACAGGUUUCGCAAGGUAUACACUCUGGUGAACAUUGAAAGCCAUCGUUCUUACAGCCUUAAAACGAAAACAAUAAAAAUCUCAAUAGUCGGUGUUCCUUUCAAAUUGAGCUCAUUUCAUACUAGCUGUCCGGCAAACACAACUGUAGCAUUCAAGUUGUCCGAUAUUGGAGAAGGAAUACGUGAAGUGGUAAUUAAAGAAUGGUUCGUCAAAGUAGGUGACAAAGUUCAGCAGUAUGAUAAUAUCUGUGAGGUGCAGAGCGACAAGGCGGCGGUUACUAUUACCAGCCGAUACGACGGGGUAGUCAAACGUUUGUACUAUGAGGUCGACCAAACUGCCUUAGUUGGAAACACUCUCGUUGAUAUUGAAGUGGAGAAUGCUGAGGAUGAAGCAGUUGCAGAUGUUACAUCAGAUUCCACUGCAGAAUCUAGUCCUACUACGCUUACAAAAAUAAGCACAAACCAAAGGGCCAAAGUACUGACUACACCAGCAGUAAGAAGAAUUGCUGCGCAAUUUGAUGUAGAUUUAAGUGCGGUAAAAGCUUCUGGAAGAAAUGGUAGAGUAUUAAAGGAAGACGUAUUGUCACAUCUAAAUAUAAACGCAGAAAAAUCUAACGAAGUACCUGAUAUGUCAGUGGUCACAGCUGCAUCAAUACCAAUGAUACCAGCAUAUAUAGAAACUGAAAUUAUGUUGGAGGACAGAACAGUGCCAAUUUCUGGAUUCACAAGAGCUAUGGUAAAAUCGAUGACAGAAGCAAUGAAAAUCCCUCAUUUCGGACUUAGUGACGAAUAUGAAGUAACCAAACUAGUCGAGUCUCGAGAAAUGUUGAAAACGAUAGCACAAGAGAAAGGCAUUAGGCUGACCUAUUUGCCUAUAAUCUUAAAGGCUGCCUCUUUAGGUUUGAGUAAAUUUCCAAUAUUAAACAGUAGCCUGGACAGCUCUUGCGAACAUCUUACAUAUAAAGCUAGUCAUAAUAUUGGAGUAGCUAUGGAUACACCCAAUGGACUUGUCGUUCCUGUUAUCAAGAAUGUACAAAACAAAACCAUUUUAGAAAUUGCACGUGAGUUGAAUAUUCUGCAAAAAAAAGGAAGUAAUGGCCAGCUCGGACUGAGUGACUUAAGCGGAGGAACAUUUACUAUUUCUAACAUUGGCAUCAUUGGAGGGACAUAUACGAAACCUGUAAUUCUUCCGCCACAGGUCGCAAUAGGAGCAUUGGGGAAAAUUCAGGUACUUCCAAGGUUCACCUCCAAUGGAGAUGUGGCCAAGACUCACGUGCUGACAGUGAGCUGGUCGGCAGACCACCGGGUCAUCGAUGGGGUGACCAUGGCUCGAUUCUCCAAUUACAUGAAGGGCUAUCUCGAAAAUCCUCUCACCCUGAUUUUGGAUCUUUAAAAAGUCAUAAAUAAAAAAUGUCACAAUACUA